GGCGUCGAACUCCGCGAACGAGGUCUGACGCCGAAACACCCGGUCGUCAUCGUGCCGGGAUUCGUGAGCACGGGAUUGGAACUGUGGCGAGGAAAGGCGUGCGGCGCACAUUUUUUUCGACGGCGAAUGUGGGGAACGCCCGCGAUGGCGCGCGCGUUCUUCAGUAAUCAAAAGUGUUGGAUGGAACACAUGCGACUCGAUGGACGCACAGGAUCUGAUCCGGAAUCCGUUCGGCUGCGCGCCGUCCGAGGGCUCGAAGGCGUUGAUUGGUUUCUGCCUGGUUAUUUCGUAUGGGGUAAGGUGAUAGAAGAGCUCUCGGAGUUGGGAUACGAUUCAAACACACUUCACAGCGCGGCGUACGAUUGGCGUCUGAGUCCCACGAUGUUAGAGCGUCGGGAUGGGUAUUUCACUCGGCUCAAGAGCGUUAUAGAGACGCUAUACUCGGUGCACGGAGAGCGCGUUGCCUUGCUCGCGCACUCGUACGGCGAUACGAUUUCUAGAUACUUCUUUGAAUGGGUCGAGACACCUGUGGCGAAAGGCGGUGGCGGUGGAGGGAAGCGGUGGGUGGACAAACACGUCCACGCGUACGUAGACAUAGCGGGCCCCAUGUUGGGUAUUCCGAAGACGAUUCCGAGCUUGUUGAGUGGAGAAAUGCGAGACACGGCUAUUCUCGGGGAGCUCGAGGGAAUGCUCGGCGGACUUCUAGAGACUGCUGUCGGGCGCUUGAUUGGCACACAGAUUAAAGAGGUUUGUGACACCUUUCGCACGUGGGGUGCGCUGUGGGCCAUGCUCCCUCGCGGCGGCGCGGCGGUGUGGGGGGACGAUGACGCCGGCGCGCCCGAGAGCGGCGCGCUGAAUUUCUUCCUGCAAAUGCGCGCCGCAGGCACGUCGCGCGAAACCAGCUUCAAUCACACCGUGGAUAGCGCUCUUGGAUUCCUCUUCGAGCAACUCGCCGAUUCGGUGCCGCACAACGUGGCCGAGUUUAGCUCGACCAUCGAUCGAGCGUCGCGAGAGCGACUGAAGACGCGCGUGCCGGACUUGGAGGCGAAAACGGCGCCGAACUUCGGCGACCCUUUGCGAAGUGCUCUGCCGAGGGCGCCGAACAUGAAGAUUUUCUGCCUGUAUGGUGCGGGAAAGCCGACGGAACGCGCGUACGUAUACGAGCGAUUCGACGCCGACGCGCUUCGCCCCUACCAGCUCGACGUCCAGUCGCGAGAUGCCGCUCUCACGCACGGCGUCUGGCAGGUCGACGGCGACGGCUCCAUCCCCCUUGCCUCCCUCGGCUACGUCUGCCGCGAAUGGCGCGUCAAUCGCGCCCUCAAUCCCGCCAACGUCUCCGUCGUCACUCGCGAGUACGCCCACCGCCCGCUCCCGCUCUCCGUCGGCGGCUUCCAGGGCAAAUCCGAGGGCGAUCACGUCAACAUCAUGGGCAACGAGGACAUGAUUCGCGACCUCCUCACCAUCGUCGCCGGUCGCGCGCACGCCGUCCCCCCCCGCGUCGUCAGCGACGUCGACGCGCUCGCCGCGACGAUUCGC